CUCAAGUCUAUAUUCGCAAGACAUCACGACACAAGCACAUACGGCCACAGUCAGCUGAAAACUGGGCAUCCCGUCCGCUCUGCCAUACAUAAGCAGUUGAACGGCAGAUUAGUACUACGGUGGGUGACCACGUGGGAAUCCCUGCUGCUGUAUGUUUUGCUCAUGCUUUUUGUCUCGUGCUGA